AGCUGCGUGGAAGGGCGGAGAGGAAGGACUCAUGAGAUGGAAUCUAUCUGACUGGCGCUGACAAGGGUGUAAAACAAGGGUGUAAUCCCCCUUUCUGCGGAUGUCAGCCCAGAGCCAGAGCAGCAGGAAGGGGCUGCGAUGUUCGUGCUGAGACCAAUGGAAGGAAGUUCACCAGCCACCCUACGGGUUUGCAGCAGCUGCUGUAAGAGCUCCGCGAUGUGUGUUUGUUUCCGGUGCAGGUCCCGCUGCUGCCUGGGACUCGGCUGUGGGACCCACCCACCGAGGCUGUGUGUCAGAUCUUUAAACCGUUAUCUGCUAACAGCUUGAAACGUGUACAUGAUGGGCGUGAGAUUCAUACAGUCAGAUGCACACACACUUCAGAGCUUGCAUGCGUGCCUUACUUCAAUGGGCCACUUUGCAUAUACAGUGGAGUCGCGUUAUAUGCGCAUUUAACUUAUGCAAAUUCAACUAUACACGAUCGACAAAAAAAAAAAAAGAAAAAAUAAUGAGUCCGCCCACCACUAAAAGAUCCUCCCUAGGAAAUAUGUGUUGACAUUUUAUGGCCUGUGUUGUACAGAUCACAAUGGUACCUUCUGCUCUCAGCGUCUAUUAAUUUUUUACAGCAUGGAUUCCCUCUCAUCCAGAAAAACUACAAAGAAGAUGGAGGCAGAACUGAGAAUCUGCUGCUGAUCGGAACCGACUUUGUUUUGAGGCCGUGUGUACCCACACUUGAACAGUUUCAGUUGAACUGCUGCAAGCGCGUGUGUAGACACUCUUAUUUCAGUUUAGUUUAAACCUCUUCCUAGAGGACGUGGAGCUAAAUCGCAAUCAGUCUGGUUAAAAAGGGAACACAUGCACACGCUUUUCACUGGCUGAGCAUCAUGCCUUUAAACUAAACUGGUGCAUAACUGAAUGUACAUGGAUCCUGAAUCGCAGAGAGUUGUAGCCAGGGAGAUUGAACUGCUCGGCGUCCAGCAUGCCCCCCAGGGACUCCAAGAGAAAGGCGAGACGGAGGAGCACUUUCACUGCAGUGGAGAUGUGAAGAGAGGCCAGGCUUUGAAACAGGAGAGCAGUAGCAGGUUCGGCUGUGUGCAUGUACCCAGGGCCCUGUGUCUGUGCCCUGGGUCUGACCACACACUCAGGAAAUGUGCUUCCCGUCCAGUCUUAGUUAUAUUGAUCAUCAUUAUCGCUGUUCUAGCAGCAUUUUUAAUAGUGGAAAAAUCCAAAGCACCUCUUGCUGCUCCAGACCCCCCUGCAGUGCCCUGCUGCCCGGACGGCUGGAUCGGGUACCGAGGGAAAUGCUACUAUUUCUCAGAGACUGACGGGAACUGGACCUACAGCCAGAGCCAGUGCUCUGCACUCAAUGCCUCCCUGGCUGGGAUCGACAGUGAGCAGGAAAAGGAUUUCCUGCUGCGCUAUAAGGGCUUCCUCGACCGUUGGAUCGGCCUCCAGAGGAAGCUAGGCCAGCCCUGGAGAUGGCCCAAUGGCACUGAAUUCGACAAUCGGUUUCAGAUAAGAGGAGGCGGCGACUGUGUUUUUCUGAUUGAUGAGGAUUGGUUCGGCAGCUCGCGUUGCAGAACAUGGAGACACUGGAUCUGCAGCAAACCUGAUACCCAUACAAUGGGGAAGGGAUAUGCUGUGAGUCAGAACCUUGAGACUCUUAGGAACUAGGCUUGGAAAAUCUGUAUUGGGGAGACACCUUCCACUACCUGUAGAUGAAGGAAGCUGGGUCUUCAUUCCUUACAGACUCUCCCCAGGGCUUCUCUAGUUUUUAUUCACCCAUUGGAAGGAGUGGGGUGGAGCAGAAAAGCUUUUCCAACUCUUAACUUUGAACGAACCAUUCACUGAACUGAACUUGUUGAAUAAAUUGAAAAGAAGAAAAUAUUCUCUCUACACCUGCAGAAGAGACUGCUGUUCUUCAAAAACUGGUUUAGCGCUUCAGUAAACUCUAGUCAGAUCCUCAGUGGUUCAGGAGCCAAAUUAGGUAUCCGUGUGACCCAAAAGAACCACACUCGUGUGACUCCAUUGUUUCAUUUCCUAUUAUAUAUAUGAUAUAUACACCGCCAUGUGUUCUCACAGCAACUGACCAACUAUUCUUUUAUUUUAUUGACUGUCCAGAUAUUAUUUUAUCAACUACAAUUGGUUAAUAACCAUAGUAAAAUCAUCCUGAUUGGUUAAUAACUUAGCUUAGUUAAUAUUUAAAUCACAGUAUUUUAAUAUCCAAGGCUUCAGGAGACACAUUAGAGAGCAACAGUGCUCUAGGAUGGUGAUACAGGAAAGGCUGAAGGCAAGGGCGUGGCAGAGGGAUUAACCGGCUGAUGUCUCCAUGCUGGAGCCAGAGGGAGCUGAGGGCCAGGGGAACAGUGGCAGGGCUGAUCUGCUAGAGAUGAAAGGUAACAGAACAGGGUGAGUGCUGGAUAUUUCUCGGGUGAGGAUGAACUCCCCGGGGGAGAGGCUGCUGGGAAGACUGGGUUUGCACUCCAGCUGGGGUGGCUGACACGGCAGAAGGACAGAAGCGGAUCAGAGAAGAGCCCUGGGGUGGUGAAAGACAUUGAUGGACCAAAUGUCAUGGGAUUUUAAGGACUAUAUGCAUGGGGGGUAAUAAAUGGACUAUGUUUUUGAA